AUGGCCUCCAACGAGCCCGCCCGCGUUCCUAUCCCCAAAAAUGGUGUCGACUACCGUGGCAAAGUGGUGCUUGCGCCCAUGGUGCGCUCCGGUGAAUUGCCCUCACGCCUUCUGGCGCUGAAGUACGGCGCCGACCUGGUCUGGGGACCGGAAACCAUUGACCGCGCCAUGAUUGGCACUACAAAGAGACUCAAUCCGCACACGCAAACGCUGGAGUUUUCGCGCCUACCGACCUCGAAGAUCAAGAACCCUACACUCGAUCCCGAGAACCGCGAAAGCGUCAUAUACCGCAUACAUCCAGAGCUGGAGAAGGGGAAGCUCAUAUACCAAAUUGGCACGGCGAAUCCGGAGCUGGCUGUGCAGGCAGCCAAGAUGGUGGCAGCGGAUGUCGCAGGCAUAGAUGUCAACUCUGGCUGCCCUAAGCCAUUCUCCACGUCCGGCGGUAUGGGCGCAGCGUUGCUGAAGACGCCAGAUUUGCUUUGCAACAUCUUGACAAGUCUUGUCGAAGAAGUAGGAAAGCCAUUUGAGAUUGGCAUCAGCGUCAAGAUACGAAUUCUAGACACGCCAGAAGAAACCGCGGCACUGGUGAAGAGACUGGUGCGCACCGGCAUCACGGGUCUCACGGUGCACUGCCGAACGACACCAAUGCGACCCAGAGAGCGCGCAAUUAGAAAUCAGCUCAAGAUGAUCGGAGAGAUAUGCCACGAAGCAGGCGUCGCAUGCCUCAUGAACGGCGACGUCACAUCACGCACCGAAGCCCUUAAACUUGCGGAAGAGUUCAACGUCGAUGGAGGAAUGAUCGCAACGGAAGCCGAAAAGAACCCUAGCUGCUUCCGACCUGAUGCAGAAGGCGGCCCUCACGAGUGGCGAUCGCAGUGGAAGACCGUUGUUACCGAAUACAUGCGUUUUGCACUGCAAGUAGAGAAUCGCUGGGGUAACACAAAGUAUCUGCUCAGUCAGAUGAUACCCGGGAAGGAGAAGGCAUAUGCGGCUAUGAACAAGUCAAAGUGUUACACAGACGUUAUCAAGGCGUUGGGCUUGGAGAACGUGGAUGACUUGUUGCAACAGGCGAACACUGUUGACGAGCAUCUGGGCAUACCGCAAAAUGAAUCGCGAGCCUCUAAGCGGGCGAGGGUCAAGGAAGCCCAGAAACCUGAAGGGGAUGCUGAGAAGAAGGAGAAGCGCAAGGAAAGGGAUGAUGAAGAGCCGGAAGCUAAGCGCAUCAAGGUACCAGAGGUGGAGCCCGAAGCGGCUGUGACUCUCCCGCCACAGGAGAUUACGGCUCCUGCUGCGCUGAGCGUAUGA